CGAAGAGAACGUCCAAUAUACGACUUCAGCGCCGCCAGCAGGAGAGAAGUAGACUUCUCGGCGGAUAUCCCUAAACGCGACGCGGUUGUAGCUGCAUUCAAGCAUGCAUGGCUCGCCUAUGAGGGACGCCAUGGGUGAUGAUGAAUACCACCCCAUCGGGCAUAGUGGAAGCAACCUGACAAGUGCAGGAGGCAUCGGAUACACGGUUGUGGACUCCAUCGAUACGAUGCUCCUCAUGGGUCUGGAUGAAGAAUACGAGCGCGCGAGGAAGUGGGUCGCAGAGGAUCUCUCGUUCGAACGCGACGGCAACUUCAACACCUUCGAGACGACCAUCCGCGUCCUCGGCGGUCUGCUAUCUGCGUUCCACCUGACAAAGGACAUGAUCUACGUCGAGCGUGCUAAGGACCUCGCAGACCGCAUGAUGCCCGCUUUCGACACGCCGACGGGCCUCCCACUUUCCAUGGUCAAUCUCGCACAACGCAUCGGCGUGCCCGACAAGGACAACCGAGGGCUGGUCAGCACUGCCGAAGUGUCGACUUUGCAGCUCGAGCUCAAGUACUUGACCAUGCUCACUAAUGAUGAGAUCUAUUGGGAGAAGGCGGAAACUGUCAUGAAAGUCAUCAAAAACGCUAAGAUAGCGAGUGGCCUGUCGUCCAUUUUCCUCAACACGGAAGACGGCAAAUACUCUAUUUCACCAAUUCGUCUCGGUUCGCGAGGAGACUCUUACUACGAAUAUCUAUUGAAACAAUAUAUCCAAACAAACCAUACCGAGCCUGUCUAUCGCACAAUGUACGAAGAUGCUAUGGCGGCUGUGACGACCCACCUCAUACGGAAGAGCGAGGACGAAGGACUCAUCUUCACGCAAGAGAUCGUCCCCGAGCGCAACCGCCAAGGCAAAAUCACCUGGCGCAUGGUGCCCAAGCAGGACCAUCUCGUAUGCUUCUUCGGUGGCUCCCUCAUGCUGGGCGCGGUAACGACUGGCGCGUCCGGACCGUCUAUCUCCAUCCCUCCGCUCGCAAGUGAGCUUACGGCCGUCGGUAAGCGAGACUGGAGCAACGGUGUGGGUCUCGUACGGACAUGCAUGGAGACACACAAUACUGCUACAGGCCUCUCUCCGGAGAUUGUACACUUCAGGAUGCCAAAUGAUGACGUGAAGACGCAGAGUAAGCACGAUUGGUACAUCAAGGGUGCCGGCCCGGGGAAGACUCCGUACGACGCACGCUACAUCCUCCGACCCGAGACCGUGGAGUCUCUACUCAUCGCCUGGCGUCUGACCGGUGACCCGCAGUACCGCGAAUGGGGCUGGGGCAUCUUCGAAGCGAUCGAGAAGCACUGCCGGAUAGAGUCCGGUGGGUACGCGAGCGUGCUGAACGUCGACGCGCUCCCCGUCGAGCUCGAGGACAAGAUGGAGACAUUCCUGAUGAGCGAGACCCUCAAGUACCUGUACCUGCUAUUCUCGGACGACACCGUCCUCCCACUGUCAAAAUACGUGUUCAACACCGAGGCACACGCGUUCCCGAUCUUCACGCCGGCCUUGCAGACGGGCUUCUCGUGAUAGAGACAGUGACGCGGAUCUUGCGCGCGAGGGUUCGUGGAGUGUAUUGUACGACUGGCGGUUCUGCAUCUCUCCCUUCUUGCUUGCUCUGCGCCUGCGUGAGUGCGCCCCCCUGCGUGACGUGGGUAUCAUCGGGAGAAGCGGGCAGCCCAGGAAGGAUGGUGUGGCGUGCGGCUUCGACGUCGUGGUGCGCGCGGGUGACUGACGUUGGGUGAGGGUGGAUCGCGAGCUG